CUGGUCUAGCGUCGAUGCACGCGUUUUCUUUGCGUGGUAAAUUCACAACACCAACCCAGUAACGUAAUAGUAAUUUUCGCCUGUGUUGCGUUCUACAUAUAGCUUUUGGAUGGGUAUUAUGGAAAUCGGUCGAUAUAGCCCCAAGGAUGAACGGGAUAUUUUACUCAGCACCGUUGACGUUCACAAGACAUCGGUAAAAGUGUUAGACGGAAACCACGACGCUGGGCAGUUGGAAAUCGAAAGGACCAUGCCUGUUAUAAAUCGGGAGAAUAAACCGUGUAUAUGUGCUGGAUGCGGUGGUCGUAUAUUAGACCGCUACUAUCUCCUCGCUGUUGACAAGCAGUGGCACAUGCAGUGUUUGAAAUGUUGCGAGUGCAAACUUCGACUCGACUCCGAACUUACAUGUUUUGCCAAAGACGGGAGCAUAUACUGUAAAGACGAUUACUACAGACGAUUUUCAGUGAAAAGAUGUGCAAGGUGUCAUCUUGGAAUCUCGGCCAGUGAGAUGGUGAUGCGUGCACGGGAUCUAGUCUACCACCUCAGUUGCUUUACGUGCGCAACUUGUAAUAAAGCCCUGGCGACAGGCGAUCACUUCGGUAUGAAGGAUGCCAUGGUGUACUGUCGAUCGCACUACGAGGCAAUGCUACACACAGAACAUGUUAUGGGGCUUAGCCCUUACCACCAUCAACCAAGUCCGAUGCCGGGCGCCUCGCCGACCCAACAUACGCCAUAUUACAAUGGUGUGGGAGCAGUGCAAAAAGGGAGACCGCGGAAGAGAAAAAGUCCAAAUCUCGAAAACGAUUACCAUACACAAGGGUAUCCACAUAACGACAGCGAAAACCACCAAGACCUGAACUCUGAUCAAUACACACAACAAAGGACAAAAAGAAUGAGGACGUCUUUCAAACACCACCAGUUACGAACAAUGAAAUCCUAUUUUGCUCUGAAUCAUAAUCCUGAUGCCAAAGAUCUUAAACAACUAGCACAGAAAACUGGUCUUACUAAACGAGUACUUCAGGUCUGGUUUCAAAAUGCAAGAGCGAAAUACCGCAGAAGUUUGAGCAAAGGAAAGGAUGGAGAUGGAAAUAAUAACAACACCAUAAAUGACUCAGGGACAACGUUGACUGAUCUUAGUGCAAGUACUCCUGGUACAGGCAGUAUGUCAGACCUGACAGCCGCCACACCGCCAGGACUACAGACACCGCCUCCGGGAAGUAUGGACAUGGAAAUGGAGAUGGAAAUGGAUAUGGAAUCUGAACACCUCCAGGACCACGACCAAACGCCGAAUAUAUCCGAAAUGUUCAACACCGAAUUGUGAAAUAUCUGGAAGUAAAUAUGAGACAUUAACUAGAUGGUUUAUGAUUAACCGGUGAAUCAAACCAGAAUGCUGUUUUGCAUUCAACGUCGUAUUGGAAAGAGUCGCGUGUCUUCAAGUGGAGGUGGAAUAGAGUAUCUGUGGAUCAGGAGACCUCGGAAGGCGGCUCACGGAUUGCGAUCAUCUUGCCAAACAAUAUACCUAACAAUUAUAAUGGCUAUGCUUCCCAAGUGUUGUUCCCAAGAGUUAUGUCAAUGUGAACGUCUGUCAGUUAUUGCGCUGCCAUCUCACCCGGGCCGAUGGUUAUUUGUACUGUAGCUAAUAUGUUGAAGUAUACGAACUUGCUUAAAUGUAUAUAUUAUGUGCUGUUCGACAAUCUUUACCGAAGCCGCUUGUCCCUACCUAAGGAAGAGACCGACCCUUCCAGAAGGUGCUUGGCCUAUAGUCUGUAGUCUCAGAAGGUUUGCUAGAUUACCCCUUCGAUGAGUUUUAUUCAUCACAGUCGUAGAAACAUAACCGUUGUUUAUUAUAUUAGCCGUGAACAUAAACCCAGUGCCAGCAAAAUUGGUAUAUAGUCAGAUACCAAAGAUAUGUAAACGAUAAUGAUUCAUACCCCGAAUCAGACAAGAAGAGAACAUUAGACCUAUUUUAUAUAUCCGUGUUCUAAUACAUCGCAUUGUCAAUUCUUGAAUGUACAUUUAGUCGUGCAAUGGAAUCAUGCAUCCAUGGGCAAAUUCUAUAUAUAUAUAUUACACAAACAGCACAUUUGUAAUUCCACUCGGCUUGUGGCUAACAGUCACAGUAAUCUUGACAUCAUGGCUGCAUACUCCAUAAUAAGACUACACUGAUAGCGUACCAUAUAAUAUUAAUGUUCUAAUUCCAGAUAAUUUAUUGUUGUCCGAAAUCGGAAUCUUAAACCAUUAAAGUAUAUUUAAUUUCUAGGUGAACAAACACUUACUUAAAUAAUGACAUCUUAUUGUAACAUAUUUUAUUUAUAUCGAAAGGAGAAGAGAUGUUUUAAAAGAUGUCUUAAACAUUUUUUAUUGAUUGCAAACUUAUAUUGUUAUUUUUCGAAUUUAUUGAAAAACAGAGGCGAAGAAACAUACCUGGCUUUAGUGAAUGUUCCUUAUUAAACUACCAAAACCAAAGACGUUUAUUCAGGGAUUUUAUACGCAUGCGUCGUGAUCGGAAAACAUAUGAAAGCAAACAUUGUAUUGUGCACACACUUAGAAUGGGAUAGUAUCAAUCGAUAUGUGGUGAAUACAUUGUGUACCAAUCAUGUCUUGACGUAGAUUUGCUAAAUGACCAAUCUAAAAGUCAUAAUAUUAACUUAAAGCAUUCAUUUUAUUAAUUUGCAUGCAAAUGAAAUAUGUAGAAGAGUUUUCCCAUAGAAAUAACUGAUUCAGUAUACCCAUUUUUCACAUCUCUAUCUCCAUGAGAAUUAUUGGUAGGACAAUCGCAUCAACAUGCAUCAUGCACCAACCCAUAGUAGUCAAUUUGAUGAACACUAAUCGGAUAUUAAUGUUUUCCCUUUGAUCAGUCUGCCAAAUAAUUUGUACCAUUCACAGAAGUUUGUAAUUUCGUCAAUGUUAAUAAAUCUAUCUUGUCGUAUUUUGCAUUUAA